AUGAACAAAGGCGACAAUACUGGUCGUGGGCUGUUUCCGCUCUCCCAGCUUUCUGAAGAGCAGCCACCUGUCGCUCAAGACGUUAAGAGUGCCCAUCUACCAGAUACCUCUCCCCUUAGUGCCAGGGACAGUAUUCAAGACAACGGAACAGUACCUACUCCCGAGAAACUACCCGAUCAACGCACGCAAUUGCGUGCCAGGCCAAACCUUCUUAAUGUGAGCCUUAAAGACUUCAAAGAGCUCAUGAUUCGAGCCCGCCUCGAUGACUGGAAAUUAAGAGCUCAGGUUGUGCACACUCCUGGCCAAGUCGACAUAACGGCCCUUUGGAGUCCACAAAUCGCUGGCAUCAAAUCGGCUCGGCAUGGAAUGAUAUCAUUUGACGGCUUUGACCGCACUUGGUUUGUUCCGUUCGACUCAGAAAUGCCUUUACCUGCAGGCAAGCAAAGUAUUGCAGACGACAUCGAAAAUCGUCGCACAGAGCUUAGCAGGGCGCACUUUCUAAGGAAGGGCCUAGAGGAAGGGUUUCACGAUAAAUUAAAACGUCUCUUUGAAGAUGAGGUCAAGGAGACGUGCCAAAGUCACUGGGACCGAAAUUUCGGAUCAUACAUGGCACCCAUGCAGUGGGACGAGGUACGGCAGAAGUACGAGCUGAUAGAUUUGGUCACCAUGAUAGCUGAAGCUCGAUUGAAAGAUGGAAUAGAGCCACUGCCCGGCUACUAUGAAGCCAUGAUCCUUGAGUUAGGGAUCGACGGCAAGAUAACCUUCCAGCGCAAGAGUGUGCCGUCCGAUAUUGACAUGAGGGGACUAAUCUCGCGCCUUGAAAGCUGGUAUCCCCGGAAUGACGAGCAUAGCACCAACAUCAUCAAGUACUUCCGUCAUAAACUUGACUACGUCUCGGACUACGGUGAUGAAACUCAGAAGCGGAAAUGUCAACUAAUGCUCCGACAGUUGAGUCGUUUCGUCGACACAGGGAAGCCAGAAUGCGAGCUGUCUCAGUGGGUGUUCAAGCUAUGGUGCAAGCCUGACUACAGUGUACCCGCUGGGAAAUCACCAGACAAGGUUGGCACAUGGACAAGGCUGAAGGAAAACAAAUAUCAAGACCUCCUUGCUGGAGUCAUCAACAAAUACCCGGUUUUCGUUCGAAAGAUUCGAGUUCGACGAUGGUGGUCUGAGUUGAGAGAGCUUGAGAAACAAAUUGAAACGAGUCGAGACGAAACUGAAUUUUCAGCAGAGCAACUGGCUAUGUUGGACAAACUGCUCGCACGCCGCAUUGAGGAGCAAGAUGCGAAGUCUAAAGAGGCUCUGAGCAUGACGAACAUGGUAAUGAUACGAAGCGAGCUACCAAGUGUUACGUUGUCAACAUUUUGA